ACCAUCACUACAAAACCCUAUUUCCUUCUUCUUCUUCUUCAAUCUUUGGAUCUAAUACACAAUUGUUACGAAUGUUUACAACAAGGCAUUCUCACGGCUCUUCAGAACGUCAAAAAUGGGACAAAAUUUUCAACGGUCUGGUUAAAAUGUUAAAGUCCCAACAAGAACAGCUCCAGACUCUCGUUACCGAGAGGAAGAUCCUCGAAGAUCGCAUAAAGAUGCAACACGAAAAGUGGGUGUCUGAUAUUAAUCUCUACGAAGAUCAUAUUACUCAAAUGAAGAGUGAUUUUAUGGCACAGGAGAUGACACGCUUGCUUGAGGCCGCUAAAUCUGAUAUGAUGGUGGGAUUGAAGAAUAGAGAGACUUCUCUCUUGGAACUUAAAUUAGAGCACUCAGAUGACAAUUUGGCUGAUUUCAGGGCGUGGUUUGACUUACUCAGACAAAACCCAAAAGAUAGGGACGCAGAAGCAAGAAAAAUAAAGCUUGAAUUUGAUAAACUUGCUUCUGAAAAGAGAUCUGAGGUAUCUGCACUCUUGGCAGAAAAGGACUUUAUAUGGCACCAGUAUAAGCUUUUGGAAAACGAUCUCACUACUAAAUUAAAUAGCAAGCGUGCAGAAGUUGAUCAAGCAAAUGAGAAGAUUGCGAAGCUUCUUGCUAAUUUGGAGGAGCUUCAGUCAUCCAACAAUGAGAAGGAUGAACUUAUUGCAAAGUUAAAUACUCAAGUUGCUGACAAGGAGGCUGGCACAAAUAAAUGCAAUGACGAAAUCUCCAGGCUCUCACGGAAAUUGGAGCUGUUAAGAAAGUCCAGAAGUGCUUCAGUUACACCACUUUUAAAUCCUUGUGUGACAGGAGCUAAAACUUCCAAUACGGGAGGCAAGAGUGGUUUAAGAAAGUCCGGAAGUGUUUCAAUUACACCUCUUUCAAAGCAUUUCACAACAGGAGCUGGAAAUCCAGGAGGCAAGAACUGUGUCAGGAACGGAAGUAAUGUUUUUGUGAAGAAAGAGUUGUCGGCUGCACAAGUCCCUGAUCUCUUGCACUCUGAGAAGUGCAGCAGAAGUUCAAAGAGAAAAGCGGUCGAUGUUUGUCCCAUUUCAGAAACUCCAAAGUUGUUCACAUCUAAAUUUAAAGUUCCCAAAUUGAAGGUAUCUCCUUGUGUUAUGAGAUGACCCUCCAAAACGAUAUCUCUGCCUUGAGAUCUACACGCUACACACGGUGGCGGUUGUUGUAUAUCUAGUUUUUGUGUAUUUUGAUGUAAGUUAUUCUAGCGGUCAUACAUCGAAGCUAAUCUCUGUAAUUUAGCUUUCUUCUUCCGGUCUUUGUUAGAUGAUGUUAAAGUUUUCAGCUUUUAGUGGCCCUCUCUCGGGAAACACCAACCUUUUUGUAAUUCUGUAGGCAAUACAGUUUAGAAAAUGUAUGGCACUGGGUUAGUUUCUUGCCAAGACAACAUUCAUUGACCUCAAUUCAUUGUUAAGUUUU